GACACAGUUGAAGCAUUGAGGGUUUAAGCUUCAACCUUCAACCUCCUUGCAAUUUCAUCACAGAGCAAUAUGACUCGUGAAGCGACCAUGAAGAAGAAGAAGAACAACGCUAAGAAAUCAUGUGGAUUCGAAACAAUGAAUCUGUGUCCCAACGUGUUCAGAGGAAUCAAGCGCAAAGGCUACCAAGUUCCAACUCCAAUUCAGCGGAAAACCAUGCCCCUCAUCCUCUCCGGCGCCGACGUUGUUGCCAUGGCUCGUACUGGUUCCGGCAAAACGGCGGCGUUUCUGCUUCCUAUGCUUCACCGGCUCAACCAGCAUCUUCCUCAGGGUGGUGUUAGAGGACUCAUUUUGUCGCCUACUAGGGAUUUGGCGCUUCAAACUCUCAAGUUUACUCAGGAGCUUGGACGGUUCACUGACCUUCGUGUAAGUUUGUUAGUUGGAGGUGAUAGUAUGGAAGCUCAGUUUGAGGAGUUAGCUCAGAGUCCGGAUAUUAUAAUUGCCACUCCUGGUAGGCUUAUGCACCAUUUGUCUGAGGUGGAUGAUAUGAGCUUGCGUACCGUGGAGUAUGUUGUUUUUGACGAGGCUGAUUGUUUAUUUGGAAUGGGUUUUGCGGAGCAGUUGCACAAGAUUCUUGCUCAGCUUGGUGAGAACCGUCAGACCUUGCUUUUCAGUGCUACAUUACCCAGUGCACUUGCUGAAUUUGCCAAGGCUGGUUUGCGAGACCCUCAGCUUGUCAGGCUGGACUUGGAGACUAGAAUUAGCCCUGACUUGAAGCUUGCCUUCUUCACUUUGAGGCAGGAAGAGAAGAAUGCUGUGUUGCUCUAUUUGAUCAGGGAGCAUAUUCGUUCUGAUGAGCAGACAUUGAUUUUUGUGUCCACGAAACACCAUGUGGAGUUUCUCAACAUGUUGUUCCGGGCAGAGGGUAUUGAGCCCUCUGUAUGUUAUGGCGACAUGGAUCAAGAUGCUCGCAAAAUCCAUGUAUCAAGGUUUAGGUCAAGAAAGACAAUGUUGUUGAUUGUGACAGAUAUUGCAGCUCGAGGCAUUGAUAUUCCACUCCUUGAUAAUGUUAUCAAUUGGGACUUUCCUCCAAAGCCUAAAAUAUUUGUCCAUCGAGUUGGAAGGGCUGCAAGGGCUGGUCGUACUGGUACAGCGUAUUCUUUUGUGACUACAGAGGAUAUGGCCUACCUUUUGGAUCUUCAUUUGUUCCUCUCAAAACCAGUCAAAGCUGCUCCCACCGAAGAAGAGUUCUUUCAGGAUAUGGAUGGAGUAAGGUCAAGAAAUGAUCAGGCACUGGCUAAUGGAGUAACCAUUUAUGGUCGUUUGCCCCAAAAGAUCAUUGACCUUGUUUCAGACAGAGUUAGGGAAGUGAUUGAUAAUUCUGCAGAACUGGAACUACUGCAGAGAACCUGUAAAAAUGCAUUUCGUUUAUAUACAAAGACAAAACCCUUACCCUCGAAGGAGUCCAUUAGAAGAGUGAAGGAUUUGCCCUGUGAGGGAUUGCAUCCAAUUUUCUAUAAUGUGUUGGAAACAGGGGAGUUAAUGGCUCUUGCAUUUUCUGAGAAUUUGAAAAAGUUUAGGGGAAAGCAAACCAUUUUGGAAACUGAAGGGGAAGCAGCUAAAUCAAAGCAUCGAAAGGGGCCUUCUGGCCAAUGGGUUGAUGUGAUGAAAAGGAAAAGAGCCAUUCAUGAGAAUAUUAUAAAUUUGGUUCGUGAACAGAAUUCUAAGAAAAAUAUGGAGAAGGAGGAGGAGGAAGUUGAAUCAGAAAUCACUCCUUUGGGGAAAGGAAGAAAAGCAACAAGUGGUCUUAAGAGAAAGGCCGAAAGUUUCAAGGAUGAUGAAAACUAUAUAAGUUCAAUACCUAAAAAUCAACACAUGGAGGCAGGCCUUUCGGUAAAAGCUAAUGAAGACUUUGGUUCAAAUAGAUUGGAAGCAGCUGUCCUAGAUCUGGUUGCAGAUGAUGGUUCUGGCAUUCAGAAACAAAGAUCUCAAUAUCACUGGGAUAAGAGGGGUAAAAAGUACAUCAAGUUAAACAAUAAUGACCGUGUUGCUGCAAAUGGAAAGAUAAAGACAGAGAGUGGUGCAAAAACGAAUGCCACCAAGACUGGUAUAUAUAAAAAGUGGAAAGAACGCUCACACAAUAAGGUAUCUCUUAGAGGGACCAAUACUGAUGGUGAAGCUCAUGGGUCCUCAAGUUUCUCAGGAUCUUUCCGGGGAGGUCGCAGAAAUCUUAGAGGCGACGGCAAGAGGCCGCAUUCUAUGCCUAAUGCUAAUGUGCGUUCAGAAAUCAAAGAUAUGGAUCAAAUUCGAAAGGAGAGGCAGAACAAGGCUAGCAGAAUUGCUCAUAUGAAGACCAAAUCACCCAAGGGUAGGGGUAAGGGUAAGGAUAAGGGGGGUAAGGGUAUGGGGGGUAAGGGUAAGGGUAUGGGGGGUAAGGGUAAAAACCCUGGCAGAAAUGGAAAGAGAAAAGCCAAAUAGAGGUUGUUUGAGGCUCCAGGAACAUUUAGUCAAGGAAAGUAAAAAGGGGUUUCCAUCAAAAUUAUGGUGUAAACCUUGUGUCUUAAAAGGGAAGUAAACUCAGUAAAUUCCAUCUAGAUCUUUCCACUGUGAAACUCCCCUUUUUGUUUUUGAUAUUUUGCUUUUGAUGGUGAGGGAGGGUUUUUGGUGUACUCAUGGUGCAGUUUUGUUCAGUUUUGUUAUCAUGAAAAAAUACAGAAAAUUGUAAUAUGCUAUUAGUUGAUUCUAUUUCUAGCUCAUGCAAAUUUACUCA